UUGUUCCGUGGAAACUUAACAAAGAAGUCAAGUUUAGCUCUGGGGUCUAUAGCAAGUUUUAUAUAAAAAAAAAAACUUUUUGCAAAAAACAACAAGUGGUCAACCAUUUGGAUAUAUUUCUUUUCAAUUAAUUCAAAAAAAGGAUAAUAAUCAUGCAGCUCUUAACAAUUGCAACUUUGCUGUUUGCCAGCUUUGUUGCUUCUUCGAUGGCUUUGCCAGCAAGAUUAGCAUAUUACCAACAACAACCAUCUUUCUACUACCAAUCUCGAGCUUCACCACAACGUUUAAUGUACAUGCAGUACGUUCAACAGCCUUCUGUUUCCAGAACUAGUGGUCGCUUGACAAAUGCAGCAACUGCCUUUGUGGCUGGAGAUACCGUUGCCACUGGAACUUAUGUUAAAGAUGAUGAACAACAAGUUGCAGCAUCAGAAACAGUCUUAGACAAUACUGGAGCAAAUGGCGCCCAAUCAGUCGCUGAAGCUUAUCCCGAUGAAUAUUCACAAGACGAUGGAAAUGUUCCACAAGCUGGUGAAUACGAAGUUCCACAAGUAGCUGAAGAUGAAAUCCCUGAACUUCCACAAUUGCCAAUAGCUGAUAGCCAAACUUUGGAAGAUGAACCAGAAGCAGUUCCAGAAGCCAACCCAGAACCAGCUGCACCAGCAGUUCCAGAACCAGCAGCCGCUGCCGCUGUAGAACUUGAAGAUGAAGUUGAAAACGACGAUGCUGCUAGUGAAGAUGAUGAAGAAGAAGAAUAUGUGCCAAAUGAUUCUCGUCGUCGUGCUGUUGCAAAAGCAACUACAGCAGCACCAUCUCCCGCUGGAAGUUUCUUCUCAGUUGAUUUUGGUGGCGCAAGUGGUGGAGCUAUUGCCAUCUCAAAUAGCUAUAGCACCGGAUCAAAUGGUUCAGCCAAGAGUCAAGCUGUUGCAUUUGGUAAUCCAGAAGAAUCUAGAUUAAAAAAUGCUCCUAGUCGUCGUCGUCAUUAGGGAUAAAUUGUUUGAUGCAUUUAAAAAGUGGGACAUAGGCAAUCGAGUAGUUUUAAGAAUUAUG